CUACAUAAUCGGCUAAAUGAAUUCGCCCCUGCAAAUUUAGAAACACACACACACAGCUGUUUACAUGCUUACUGCAACGACAUAGGGCGCACAUACAGAGCAAUAUUUUACACGUUUGCGGAAUGCAUCGAAAUCUGGAAUACAUUUAACACUUUUAGUCUCGAUCUUUGAAUUCUGUCCAGGACUUGUGGGGGUUUUCUGUCGUUAGAUAGGCUACGGAGAUACGAUCACUGGCAAAAAAGAUUCCCAGUGCCAGCAGUCCUGGAGUGUGGCAGGUGAGGAUCAGAGAGAGUGAGGCUGUUGUGAAGACUUGGACAGUAUGAGUUUGGUGGAGAUCAGACAUGCGGUUGGGUCCAUGACCCUGUCCUUAUCCAGCACAGACUCCAAGGAGAGGUACUUUGACCGGGUGGAUGAGAGUGACCCUGAGUACCUCCGAGGCAGGAACAUGUCACCUGAAAUACAGCAGGACUUCAACAUGAUGGAGCAAAAGAAGAGAGUCACUCAGAUCCUACAGAGUCCAGUGUUUAAGGAUGAGCUGGAAGGACUGGUCCAGGAUCAGAUGACUAAGGGCAGUAAUCCAACAGGGCUGCUGGCUCUUAGGCAAGUAGCUGACCUGAUCAUGGCCAGUUCUGUGGGAGGGACAGGCUCCUUCACAUCUCCUCUCAGCCCAGGGAUGGUCGCCCCAGUCAAUGACCUCUAUGGGGAAGAGUCUCCAUCCUUUACCAAAGGGGAGAAACAGUGUCGCUGUAAGCUAGCCAGUGUCUACAGACUGGUAGACCUUUUCAGCUGGGCCCAUUUCACCAGCUCAUACAUUACUGUCCGGGUUAGCAAAGAACAAGACCAUGUUCUUAUCAUCCCACAAGGGCUCUCUUUCACUGAAGUGACGGCUGGCAGUCUGGUGAAAGUGAACAUGAUUGGUGAUGUUGUCGACCAGGGAUCCACCCACCUGGAGGUGGACCACUCUGGCUUCAGCCCUCACGCCUCUGUCUAUUCCAUGCGCCCUGAUGUCAGGUGUAUCAUACACAUCCACACCUCUGCCACUGCUGCUGUGUCCUCGAUGAAAUGUGGCAUCCUGCCCAUUUCCCAAGAGGCUCUGGUUCUGGGUGAUGUUGCCUACUUUGGUUACCAAGGCUGUCUGGAUGAUCAAGAAGAGAAGGUGGAGUUCCAGAAAGCCCUAGGGCCCACUGCCAAGGUGCUUGUUCUGAGGAACCAUGGCCUGGUUGCUUUGGGGGAAACUAUUGAGGAGGCUUUCCACUACAUUUACCACUCACAGCAAGCUUGUGAAAUCCAGGUCAGUGCUCUGCGGUGCUCUGCAGGAGUAGAGAACCUGGUGCUCCUGGACAGGGAGAGGUUCAAGCCCCUGACCCAUGGAGUGGCUGCUGCUGGGGUCACCGUGGACAGCGAAAUCAAGUGGAAAGUGGGCGAGGCAGAGUUUGAGUCGCUCAUGAGGAUGCUGGACAACCUGGGUUACCGUACAGGCUAUACGUACCACCACCCAAUAGUGAGGGAAAAGAUUCGGACCAAAAAUGAUGUGGAGAUUCCUGCCACGGUCUACACUGUCCCUUUGCAGGACAGUGAUCUGGGUCAGAGAAACCCCUUUAACUUCCUGGUGCAGAAACAGCAGAGGGAGAGGGCUCGCUGGCUCAACUCUCCUAACAGCUACCUGAAGGUCAAUGUCCCUGAACGCUCACUCAGUGGAGAGUGUAGCCCCAGAACCAAGACCAUGUGGAUGAAAUCUGAAGAGACCAGCAAUGGCACUGGCACCUCCAUAAAGAUUGAGGACCCCAACCAGUUUGUUCCCCUUAAUACAAACCCCACUGAUGUUCUGGAGAAGAGGAACCGGAUAAGGCAACAGAACACUGUUGAUCACAUGACUCCAGGACCAAAGUCCCAUCUUCUAGCUGGCAUCGUUGUGGACACCAUACCAGGACCAGCCUUUAUCAUUGAGGAUGAGGAGCAGAUGCACUCUCUUCCUCCCAACCCCUUCAGUGAGCUGACAGAGAAGGUGCUAGAAGAGUAUAAGAGCGUUGUGGAGCGAAGGCAGUUUUGCCAGGAUGAUGCUGAUAUCGCAGAUGAGAUGACAACAUUUGAUGAUUCCACCAUCUCACUGUCCCUGUCUCCACUCAUGUCUCCUGCCAAAGAGAUCAUACCCAAUGGGAAAGAUUAUAUGGAAGAACUGGAAGAGAAACUAAACAUCAAAGUAUCCAAGCUCAGUAUAAGCACCACAGAAACGGUUGAAAUAUCCAUAACCUCAGAGAAAUCAGGGGGAGACGAGACCCCUGACAGCCAAACCAAGUCCCCCAAGAAGAAAAAUAAGUUUCGCACUCCCUCCUUCCUUAAAAUUAAUUUUAAAAAGGAGAAGGCUGAGGCCUAGAGGGAGAGACACUGAAGAAUGACAUGUCAGCUUAUUUGGUAUGAGAUGAGCUCAUGGGAUGAGAUGUGUUCCUUAGAGGAAAUGUAUGAGUCACUAAGAUCUUAAUAGAUCUCCAGCUUUUGGGAAGGAGCAACUGUAACAAUAAGCCUGUUAUUACAAUCUCCUUAUUACUCAAGCACAUCCUCUGAGGGCUCCACAUAUGAAUAGGGCUCCAGGCAUGAUGGGUUGAACAUGUAGUUUAUCAGCUGCAUUGUUCUUAGUACUGUAGCCAAUUCGCAAUUCUGUAAUACAAAUCAAUUAUAAUAUACUGUGCAGAUACAGAACCUCAUUAUUUAAAAGAUAAAACUCUUACUGAAAUACCAUAUUGCCUGCUAUGUAUUUGUGGUCAGAAACUUUUUAAAAUUCAGCUCAUCAUUGAACAGUAGGCCAUAGAUGAAGGUGAGACAUAUAAACGUCAUCUAUGUUGUGCAUGACACAAGUCAUUUUUUCCAACAAUUGUUUACAGACAGAUUAUUUCACUUAUAAUUCACUGGAUCACAAUUCCAGUGGGUCAGUUUACAUACACUAAGUUGACUGUGCCUUUAAACAGCUGGGAAAAUUCCAGAAAAUGAUGUCAUGCCUUUAGAAGCUUCUGAUAGGCUAAUUUACAUAAUUUUAGCCAAUUGGAGGUGAUCCUGUGGAUGUAUUUCAAGGCCUACCUUCAAACUCAAUUCAUCUUUGCUUGACAUCAUGGGAGAAUCAAAAGAAAUCAGCCAAUUGUAGACCUCCACAAGUCUGGUUCGUUCUUGGGAGCAAUUUCCAAACGCCUGAAGGUACCACGUUCAUCUGUACAAACAAUAGUACGCAAGUAUAAACACCAUGGGACCACGCAGCCGUCAUGCUGCUCAGGAAGGAGACGUGUUCUGUCUCCUAGAGAUGAACAUACUUUGGUGCGAAAAGUGCAAAUCAAUCCCAGAACAACAGCAAAGGACCUUGUGAAGAUGUUGGAGUAAGCAAGUACAAAAGUAUCUAUAUCCACAGUAAAACGAGUCCUAUAUCGACAUAACCUGAAAGGCCGCUCAGCAAAGAAGAAGCCACUGCUCCAAAACCGCCAUAAAAAAACCCAGACUACGGUUUGCAACUGUACAUGGCAACAAAUAUUGUACUUUUUGGAGAAAUGUCCUCUGGUCUGAUAAACGAAAAUAGAACUGUUUGUCCAAAAUGACCAUCAUUAUGUUUGGAGGAAAAAGGGGGAGGCUUGCAAGCCAAAAAACACCAUUCCAACCGUGAGGCAUGGGGAUGGCAGCAUCAUGUUGUGGGGGUGCUUUGCUGCAGGAGGGACUGGUUUACUUCACAAAAUAGAUGGCAUUGUGAGGAAAGAAAAUUAUGUGGAUAUAUUGAAGCAGUAUCAAGACAUCAGUCAGGAAUUUAAAGCUUGGUUUCAAAUGGGUCUUCCAAAUGGACAAUGACCACAAGCAUACUUCCAAAGUUGUGACAAAAUGGCUUAAGUACAACAAAGUCAAGGUAUUGGAGUGGCCAUCACAAAGCCCUGACCUCAAUCCUAUAGAACAUUUGUGGGCAGAACUGAAAAAGUGUGUGCGAGCAAGGAGGCCUAAAAACCUGACUCAGUUAUACCAGCUCUGUCAGGAGGAAUGGGCCAAAAUUCACCCAACUUAUUGUGGGAAGCUUGUGGAAGGCUACACUAAACGUUUGACCCAAGUUAAACAAUUUAAAGGCAAUGCUACCAAAUACUAAUUGAGUGUAUGUAAACUUCUGACCCACUGGGAAUGUGAUGAAAGAAAUAAAAUCUGAAAUAAAUCAUUCUCUCUACUAUUAUUCUGACAUUUCACAUUCUUCAAAUAAAGUGUUGAUCCUAACUGACUUAAGACAUUAAUCUUUUCUAGGAUUAAAUGUCAGGAAUUGUGGAAAAACUGAGUUUAAAUGUAUUUAGCUAAAGUGUAUGUAAACUUCUGACUUCAACUGUAUAUGAGGUCAAGCCUUAAGGAGUGUGGUUCGUUUUUAUUUGGGCCUAUUCAUAAUAGUGCUGUCUUAGUUUUAGUUGAUAUAAAGUAGGCUAAAGUAUGGGUUGUAGUAGUGUUUAUAAUUAUUCAGUAUUUGGUUAACAUUUGGAUAUACACUCCAUGUCUUCUUAAUAAUAAUUGUACUAUAAAAUAAUACUUUUAACAAUGUAAGACAGAGAAGGCAAUUUUAGCUGGGUAUGUUUUUCAGAAACUUUUAUUUAUGCCAGUGAUAUUAUUUUAGUGGUUGCUACUUCUUCAUUAUUGUGACAAAAUUAACUGAAAGUGUGAAGAUUUGAAAAAUCUCCAAUCUAUAUGAGCUCAAUACUGCUGAAUCCUUUUUUUUUACCGCAUUCACUGAUAUCUUGGCAUGGAUAUCACUACUGAAUGCUAAAUUACAAAUGUAAAGAUAUGAAAUAGGCCUAUAUCAGAUUAUAAAAUGUAUUAUGAAUGUGUUGUGUAUGUGAAAGAUUUGUUAAGACAGUAUUUUGAUAGAUAAUUUGAAAAUUGGCCAUACAAAGGUAAUAAAAUGUUUAAUGUUACCAUUUCACCCAAAAUUAAGAAAGAAAUGCAAGAUUAUGGCAAAAAAAACUUUGGGUUAUGGCUGAACUAUGCCUAUUUUUGCCUCCCCAAGAGGCUUAAAUGUCUUGAUUUUGUCACUAGGUGUUGAACUUACAUUGCUUAAUAAGGUUCGCUCACUCGUCUCACUUUUCAAAAACAUUCAAUUACAUUUGUAUGGCCUUUUGGCAGAUUAAUAGCAAUAUGUUAUAAAAAGCUGUUCUCUGGACCAGAGUUAAACUGAAGACAAAGUCAAACAUCCAGAGACGAUAUAAAUCGAGGAUUUAUCCCAGUUAGCAAUGUGAAUGAUUUUCUUCGAUCCAAAGGGAGAAACUUUGUUUUCCUUUGUAGAUACUAUGUUUUGUGAAGCAGUUUUAAAUGCAAUACUGAAAUUAAGGUUGAUUCAUUUGCAACGGUUGCUUUAACAUUUAUGUUGUAUGUUUUUAUGCUUGUCAGUUUCUGCUCUGUUAAAAGUAUUACAAGCAUGCCUCCUGAGUGGCGCAGUGGUCUAAGGCACUGCAUCGCGGAGCUAGAGGUGUCACUACAGACCCGGGUUCGAUCCCAGGCGGUAUCACAACCAUGAUCGGUAGUCCCAAAAGGCGGCGCACAAUUGGCCCAGCGUCAUACAUUUUUGGCCGGGCUAGGCCGUCAUUGUAAAUAAGAAUUUGUUCUUAACCGACUUGCCUAGUUAAAUAAAGGGAACAUUGUUUUUAAUGGCUUGACCCUCGCCUCCCAAGCCCGUUGGGGAGUUGCAGCAAUGAGACAAGAUCGAAAUUGAGGAGAAAAAAGUCGGUAAAAUACAAGAAAUUAAGUAUCACAAUCUAACUGAAUUGAAUAUACCCAGUAUAUCAUGUUCACAGUCCCAGUUAACUUGUAUUACUAAUGCUUAUUUUGUUUGAAUUGCUUUUGUAUUGACUGAGCUUUUGUAAUGUGUGCUCUGUAUAGCAGCUUCAUAGCUUUUCAUUACAUUUCACCAUAUGUAAUAAAAGCCGUGCGUUUA